AUAGUACCUGUAACAUUGCAAUGACCUCUAAAUUAUUACUCCUUGACUUGCUGUCAAACUAUUUAUACAUUUACGUGUAGUUCUUGGAGUUGGACAAAGUUUUUAACUUAUUUUAAUUGUUACUCGUGGCAUUUUCAAGCAAUAUCAAUGGCAUUUAUGGGGUCAGCUGAAAAGCCUGCGAUGCAGCUGGCAGCCGCGGAUGCGGGCUCCCACCUGCAGCACAUGUGCUCACUGGACAUCGACUCCAAGGCCUCCUAUGUCCGUCUGUCUGGCAUCAUCUGUACCAUUGGACCCGCCUCUCGUGAUGUUGCCAUGCUAGAGAAGAUGAUGGAGACUGGUAUGAAUGUAGCGCGCAUGAACUUCUCCCACGGCUCGCACGAAUAUCACGCAGAAACCAUUCGUAACUGUCGUGAGGCAGAGAAGAACUACAGCGCAAGACUUGGUAUUCCGUUCUCGCUGGCCAUCGCAUUAGAUACCAAGGGACCAGAGAUCAGAACAGGGCUUCUGGAAGGAGGUGGUUCAGCAGAAGUAGAGCUGAAGAAAGGAGAGACCAUCAAGCUGUCUACCGACCCAGCGUACGCCGAAAGUGGAAACGUUAAUGUCGUGUAUGUCGAUUACAAGAACAUCACUAAUGUCGUGAAGCCUGGCAACCGCAUCUUCAUUGAUGACGGCCUCAUCUCAAUCAUCUGCCAAUCUGCCACUUCUGACGCACUGGUCUGCUCCAUUGAGAAUGGUGGUAUGCUGGGAUCAAGAAAGGGUGUAAACUUACCUGGACUCCCUGUGGACCUGCCCGCUGUUUCCGAAAAAGACAAGUCUGACUUGUUGUUUGGUGUUGAACAAGGCGUGGAUAUGAUUUUUGCCUCUUUCAUUCGCAACGGCGCAGCGCUAACAGAGAUCCGUGGCAUCCUCGGAGCGAAGGGCAAGAACAUCAAGAUCAUUUCCAAAAUUGAAAACCACCAGGGCAUGAUCAACCUCGACGAGAUCAUUGCGGCAUCGGACGGAAUCAUGGUCGCUCGCGGUGACCUUGGUAUUGAGAUCCCACCAGAAAAAGUUUUCCUCGCCCAAAAAACAAUGAUCGCUAGGUGCAACCGGGUAGGCAAACCAGUUAUUUGUGCGACGCAAAUGUUGGAGUCAAUGGUCAAGAAGCCUCGUCCAACACGUGCUGAGACCUCAGACGUUGCCAAUGCCAUUCUGGACGGAGCCGACUGUGUUAUGUUAUCUGGUGAAACUGCAAAGGGGGAUUACCCCUUAGAGUGUGUUCUCACUAUGGCUAAUAUUUGCAAGGAGGCCGAAGCCGCUAUUUGGCACAAACAGCUCUUCAUUGAUCUCAGUUCUCAGGAAAAACUACCGAUAGAGUCCGCGCAGUCGGUAGCCAUCGCGGCGGUGGAAGCUUCCGCCAAAUGCAUGGCAUCUGCUAUAGUCGUGAUAACCACGAGCGGGCGGUCCGCUCACCUGCUCAGCAAGUAUCGGCCGCGCUGCCCCAUUAUCGCCGUUACACGCCAGCCGCAAACCGCUCGGCUAGCUCAUCUCUACCGCGGCGUACUGCCCAUAGUAUAUCAGGAGUCUGUGGCCAGCGACUGGUUGAAGGACGUGGACAACCGCGUGCAGUACGGUCUUAAGUUCGGUCGUGCGCGUGGCUUCCUCAACACGGGCGACCACGUUGUCGUUGUCACUGGCUGGAAACAGGGUUCUGGAUUCACCAACACCAUGCGUAUUAUCCAAGUCGAAUAGGUGAGAAACAGUGAGGAUCAAGAUCAUUUCAAGAAAGUAUUAGUGAAAAUAGCAGUGGCGAAACUGUUAUGAGAAUAAAAUAACACCUGAGUAGUCACUGCCAGUGAUAUGAUAUUUAUAUUGUAUAAAUGUUUAUCAUUAAGAUAUCUCAAAAUUUUAACAUUUAGUACCUAGGAUAUUAUGUAAUAUUUAUUUAUGCAUAUUGUUUAAAGUACGAGGUGAAUUUGUAACAUUGUAAUAUGUGAUUAAAUUAAAUACAAAAAAUCGAA